AUGGAACCUCAUUUUUUGUCCAUUAAAGGAAUUACUCGAGGAAGCUGCUUAAUUUCGAUGCACAAAUUUGAAGCUGAUGUUGAAAUAACUGGACAAAGGACAAGGCUGACAUUUGCAGUGGUGCCAGCUAUUAAUUUGGAUUACGAUGUGUUGAUUGGAUGCAAUUUAUUUUUUGAUACCCGCCUAGCCGCAGUUACUGAUUGUAAAGGAACGAAAAUUAUAAAUCGACAGCUACGCAGGCAGCGGCAGCGGCAACAGUUGAGGAUCAUAAUCCAGACUGGCGCUCUACAAUCGUCGUUCCAGACGAAAAUCGUGCGGCCGUUGUAA